AUGGCAAUCCAGGGGAUGGAACUUUGCGCCAUGGCAGUGGUCAUUAUCCUUUUCAUCGCAGUCCUCAAACAGUUCGGGAUCCUGGAGCCCAUGUCCAUGGAAGACAGCAGCGACAGUGAGCUUGAACUUUCAACCAUCCGGCACCAGCCAGAAGGGCUAGACCAGCUCCAGGCACUGACCAAAUUCACCAAGAAAGAGCUGCAGUCCCUCUAUAGAGGCUUCAAGAAUGAAUGUCCGAGCGGCUUGGUGGAUGAGGAGACCUUCAAACACAUCUACUCUCAGUUCUUCCCCCAAGGAGAUGCCACCAUGUAUGCUCAUUUCCUGUUCAAUGCCUUUGAUGUGGACCGGAAUGGAGCCAUCCGCUUUGAGGAUUUUGUCAUUGGGCUCUCCAUCCUGUUGCGUGGAACGGUGCAUGAGAAACUCAACUGGGCAUUCAAUCUCUAUGACAUCAACAAAGAUGGCUACAUCACCAAGGAGGAAAUGUUGGCAAUAAUGAAAUCCAUCUAUGACAUGAUGGGCCGCUAUACUUACCCAGUCUUGAGGGAAGAUGCUCCCAUUCAGCACGUGGAAAAAUUCUUCCAGAAAAUGGACAAAAAUCAAGAUGGGGUGGUCACGAUCGAGGAAUUCCUAGAAACUUGUCAAAAGGAUGAGAACAUUAUGAGCUCCAUGCAGCUGUUUGAGAACGUCAUUUAGGAGUCUGCGAGUCCCACCCACCUCGUCUCUCCCGGCCCACAUGAUUCCUCCUGGCCUGCACUUGGAUGGAUUUAUCCAUCUUUCUCAUGAA